UUCCCCCGCGUUCCCUGGGGAAAGAGGCCGGAGUUUGCCACGAGCGCGUCCCCUUCAUUCUCAGUCCGGGCGCGUUCUCAGCAGGAUCGCAGAGAGCCGGCGCUCCUCGUCCCCAGUCCCCGUGGUCUUGGGAGCACGUCCCCUAGCCCCUCGGCAUCCCAGGAAGGCGGCUAGCGGGCGGGAGUAAGACAGCCACUGAGCCAUGGGCGCAGGCAGUUCCACCGAGCAGCGGAGCCCCGAGCAGCCGCCGCCGGCGGGGAGCGACACGCCGAGCGAGCCGGAGCUCAGUGGCCACGGGCCCGCAGCGGAAGCGCCGGGAGCAGCUGGGGAACCUGCCGACGCGGACCCCGCCACCAAGCUCCUACAGAAGAAUGGUCAGCUGUCUGCUGUCAAUGGCGUAGCUGAACAAGGAGAUGACCACGUCCAAGAGGGAAACCAGGAUGGGCAGGAGGAAGAAGUCAUUGUUGAAGAUGGUAAGCUGUCCUUGUAG